AUGGAGCCUCCCAGCGCCAAUGAUGAGACUCCGACCAUCGCAAACGCCAUCGCCGUAGCCUUCAGAUUCGGCAGAGAUGAUGGCCUCGAGACCGGAAUUGUAGAGGGCAAGAUCUUCCAGGCAGCCAAAGAGUCUUCACACAUGACCCUGCAGAUCGUAAACCUGGCCCAGCAAAAAGAGCAGUUAUCUGCAGACCUCGACAGUACUAUCGAACAGUUUCGCGCUUGCGUCGAUGCUCAGACAUGGCAGCAGUUGAGGGAGAGGCUGUACCAGCUUAAUGACGAGGUCACAAGAGUUCUUGCCAAGAUGAUGUUCGUUAAAGAGCAGUUGGAGAGAUUUGAGGCUGAAGCCGGGGUUCUGAGAGAUGAGGUCGACAAUUUGAGAAGUGACCAGCAGACUCAGAACACAUCGGAUGCCAGCAACACAGAGGCCGCAUAG